AUGGCCUCUCAAAACCGCGACCCAGCUGCUGCCAGCGUCGCCGCCGUUAGCAAGGGAGCCGAGCCCAGCGGGGGUGCCGCCCGGGGCCCGGUGGGCAAGAGGCUACAACAGGAGCUGAUGACCCUCAUGAUGUCUGGUGACAAAGGGAUUUCCGCCUUCCCUGAAUCAGACAACCUGUUCAAAUGGGUAGGGACCAUCCAUGGAGCAGCCGGCACAGUAUAUGAAGACCUGAGGUAUAAGCUCUCACUCGAGUUCCCCAGUGGCUACCCUUACAACGCACCCACGGUGAAGUUCCUCACGCCCUGCUACCACCCCAACGUAGACACCCAGGGGAACAUCUGCCUGGACAUCCUCAAGGAUAAGUGGUCCGCGCUGUAUGAUGUCAGGACCAUCUUGCUGUCUAUCCAGAGCCUGCUAGGAGAACCCAACAUCGAUAGCCCGUUGAACACACAUGCUGCUGAGCUCUGGAAAAACCCCACAGCAUUUAAGAAGCACCUGCAAGAAACCUAUUCAAAGCAGGUCUCCAGUCAAGAGCCCUGA